GAUUGUAAAAAUCUUCGAGAUGGUCAGGGGUAUACAGUUAUAUCUGAUAGACAAAAGGGUUUGAUUAAUGCUGUAGACAGAGAACUGCCCAAGAUUGAACACAGGAUGUGUGCUAGACACAUAUAUGGGAAUUUGAAGAAGCUUUUCCCAAAUUCAAGUGAAAUGAAAGGGCUAUUUUGGAGUGUUGCUGAAAGUUGCAUUUUGUCAGAGUAUGAAGCUAAUCUGGACAGAGUUAAAGCUUAUGAUAUCCGCCUCUUUGAAGCAAUAAUGCAGAGGAAUCCAGCCAAUUGCAGUCUUGCUUUCUGCACACCCACGGCUUCUUGUAUAGAUGUGCACAACAACAUUUCAGAGUCAUUUAACAAUGCCAUUGAUCCUUCAAGAUAUUAUCCAAUGGUUGAGAUGCUAGAGAUAAUCCGGAGAAGAGCUAUGCAGCGUAUAGAAGCAAGGAAGAAGAAGGCUGAAGAUCACAAAGGAAGAUUCACUAAAAGAGCCACUGCAUUCAUAGCUGAAGAACAAACAAAGCUAAAGUUCACCAAGUAUGUGUCCGGCUCAUCAGAUGGAAGGUGUGAGGUUCUUGACUGUGGAAAAUCUGUCAGCUUGCACAUGGGAAUGAGGACUUGUGCAUGUAGGAAGUGGGAGAUGAGUGGACUACCUUGUCGUCAUGCAUUGAGGAUCAUUAAUAAGAAGAAGCUUAACUAUGAAGACUACACAUCUGAAUGGUACUCCAAUGCAAAGCAGAAUCAUAUUUAUUCUUCCUCAAUAGAACCAGUCAAUGGUUUACGAUUUUGGAAGAACUCUGGCUCUGUGAUCAAGCCUCCUCCUGCUUUGGUUGAAGAGAUUCAGAACACAAAAGGAAGAAAACCGAAGCCUAAGAGGAAGAAGGCAAGACAUGAAUCUCCAACAAAAAAAGCUUCAAGAAAGAAGAGGAUUAUGCAUUGUGGACGAUGUGGAGAAGCUGGCCAUAAUGUUACCAAGUGCAAGAAUCCGGUUUCAGAGAAGAAUAAGUCAAAGAAGAAAACUCCAAUAGAUGAUGGAUUAGACUCGCUUACUCAAACUCAAACAACACAAGAUCAGGUAAAACACUUCUUUUCAAGCUCAUUUUGUUUUAUCUAUAAUAUUUCUGACUUUUGCUUCUGUUUUCAUGAAGGAGUGAUAAUUCUGUGGGAUUUAGAGGAUGCGGCAAUGUGAUGUUUUGGUUUGUUUUUGGAGAAAGCGGUAUUCUAGAUGAUAAUUUGGUAGGUUUUUGGCAGUAGAAGAUGCGGCUAUAUGGAAGACUACUUCUUCUUUUUUGUUUUGCUUAGAUGUAAAAGAUGUUGUUCGUUGGAAUUCGUUUUAAGGAGCUGUUUGAUUACAGUUUGAAAGAAAUACAAGAAGCAUCCAUUA